AUGACAACAGAGAAUCCGCUGGCUCUCCAAUGCCACUGUGAGCGUUGCAGUGCCAACUCGAGCUGUACAACAGAUGGGGUGUGUUUCGCUAAUAUCCGCAAGACAGGCACUCGGUGGACGACGGAGCUGCGCCAGUGUGUUCCCGAAAAGGAACUGUUCCCGCGGGAUCGACCCUUCAUCUGUGCCCAAUCCUUCAAGCAUGACACAGGCCUUUAUCCGAUUUGCUGUACCACAGAUUAUUGCAACAAGGACCCUGACCUUACCGCUUUUCCUGAACUUCCCACUCCAAAAACUCCAUCUCUGGGACCUGUAGCUCUAGCUGCAGUGAUUGCUGUACCAGUCUGUAUAUUCUGCUUGCUCCUCGUUUUGGCCUUCUAUGUCUGCCACAGCCACCGCGGGCUGGGGGCUGGUGGUGCUGGGGCUCACCAUCACCACCACCAUCGGGUGCCCAAUGAGGAAGAUCCCUCCAUGGACCACCCCUUCAUUACUGUUGGGACAACACUGAAAGACCUAAUUUAUGAUAUGACCACCUCCGGUUCUGGAUCAGGCCUGCCACUUCUUGUCCAGAGAACCAUUGCCAGGACCAUCAUCCUCCAGGAAAGUAUAGGCAAGGGGCGCUUUGGGGAGGUGUGGCGAGGAAAAUGGCGUGGUGAGGAAGUGGCUGUAAAGAUUUUCUCCUCUCGGGAGGAGCGGUCUUGGUUCCGAGAGGCUGAGAUCUACCAGACCGUGAUGCUGCGACAUGAGAACAUUUUGGGCUUCAUUGCCGCAGAUAACAAAGAUAAUGGAACAUGGACUCAACUGUGGCUUGUGUCUGAUUACCACGAGCAUGGCUCCCUGUUCGAUUACCUCAAUCGCUACACCGUUACCGUCGAAGGCAUGAUCAAGCUAUCUUUGUCGACAGCCAGCGGGUUGGCCCACCUCCACAUGGAAAUUGUCGGCACACAGGGUAAACCAGCGAUCGCCCACCGCGAUUUGAAGUCAAAGAACAUUCUGGUGAAGAAGAACGGAACCUGUUGCAUUGCAGAUUUAGGUCUAGCUGUUCGGCAUGACUCAGCUACUGAUACAAUCGACAUAGCUCCAAAUCACAGGGUGGGAACCAAAAGGUACAUGGCCCCAGAAGUACUAGAUGACUCCAUAAACAUGAAACACUUUGAAUCUUUCAAGCGAGCUGACAUCUAUGCCAUGGGAUUGGUCUUUUGGGAAAUUGCCAGUCGCUGCUCCAUGGGAGGAAUCCACGAGGACUACCAGCUGCCAUAUUAUGACCUGGUUCAGUCAGAUCCAUCAGUGGAGGAGAUGAGAAAAGUGGUUUGUGAGCAGAAGCUACGCCCUAACAUUCCUAACCGCUGGCAGAGCUGCGAGGCGUUACGUGUCAUGGCAAAGAUCAUGAGGGAGUGCUGGUAUGCCAACGGCGCCGCACGGCUAACCGCGCUGCGGAUCAAGAAGACCCUUUCACAGCUCAGCCAACAAGAGGGAAUCAAGAUGUAG